AGUUUUUAUAUAAAGAACUGUUCAGUAAAAGAGUUGCAAAGAGUGAACGCAAAGAAAGGAGAAGAGAUCUUGAAAAAAAAGUAACAGCUAUGAUGUCUUUUGUAUGGACAAAGCUAUGUCUGGCUAUAAUUUUAUACUGUAGUCAACUCAUCUCAACAAACGAUCUAAAGGAGUUAAAGGCAGAAGUAAAACAAUUAAAACAAACUCUAGAAGCGCUCUCUCGACAAAUAAUGCUGCAGCAAUUUUUCACCGAAGAAAAACUCCGAAGUGAUGGUUUCUCUGGCAUUAAACAAGUUAGAACAACUGAAGGUGGAUCAAAAAACUAUUUCUCCAACAGCCAUAGCGGUAGCGCGUUUGGUGCGAUCCACGAUCACGCUAAUAACAUUCGCACGGUCGGAAUGGGUGAAUUCAUUGGUGUUUUAAAUGGCGUCGAAUUUCGAACUCGGCAUAAUGAUUAUCGCCUCAAUCAACCACAUUCUACAAGCAGCAAGUACCAUGCAAUCGAGCCUAUUGCAUUUCCUGAUGUUCCUAUCGAAGUGUUAUCACAACCAAAUGUUUCUGCGCAAAUUCAGGAGAUGAGAGAAUGGUUUAAGGCGUGGAAGGACAGUAAUCAUUCCAUUCGUGAUUACAGAAAAUAUUUCCAGCCAGUGUUGUGUUAUCUGGAAGGGGCGUGGACAACAAAACGAGGUGAGAAUAUUGAAGAACCUUUUGAGAGUGACAGACAUUUUAUAGAUGCUUCGUCGUGGUUUGAUCUUCAGGAAAAGGUUAGGUUCACAUCCUAUACAGGCACUAAAAGUUUGUCAGAAAACCUGGCGUUUUUACCAACAACAAUAAUGGGGAUACGAAAUGGAUCAACUCCACUUUUUGCGCAAUGGAACUAUCGAAUUCUUUGUCAUAAAUUAGAGACCCAUGUCCCUUUAACUAAAUUACGGCCCGUCGAGGAUGUCGCUUCGAGGAUGAUAAAGAAAUUAGAUAUGGACAAAUACAAAAUGUCAAGAGCUGCUAGAUUCGAACUUGAUCUCGACCCUGACCCAACGAGCACGAAAUUUCAAGAAAAAAGACUGAAAAACAAUUUCCUGGAUAUUCUUAUGGAAGAAAUCCCAGGGAAAAAUAAUUACGCUGGCCAUCUUUAUGACGAGGGAUUCGAUGCAAACGUGAUGAAGAUGGAUGGUUCCGCAAAAAAGGAUGUUUCAAGAUAUCAUCGAUGGUUUAAACUAAAGAAAAAGGAUGCCAUGGGAAGACAGGAAUCACAUCGCGGGUAUACUGACCAAUUUCUGUUUGCAGCGAAAACCACGCAAGAAAGAGUCGCCGGUAUUAAAAUUGAAAUGUGUCAGAAAAAUAAAAAAACAAAAAUACGGGACUGCAUGCUUAGAGACGAAAAAUGGUCGUAUGCUAUUCCGUUGGAAAUUAUUUAUCUCACACCGCUGACCAAGUGGAAUCCGUUAGACAUUCAAAUCAAGUCAAAAUGUCGACGCAGACCUAGAAAAGUAAGACUUACACGUGUUGGGAAGGGGUUAUGCAAUGACAGAAAGAAAGCCAGAAAGGCGUGUCCAAAGUUUUACUACAUCACGCCAAAUCAGUUUUUUUCUGGACUGUUAAGUGACACUGAUCCGGCUGACACUGCAAAUAAUGGCGGCUGGUGUAUGAUUGAUAAAUACAAUAAUGGCGUCAGCGCUCGUGCAACUGGUACACGAAUUUUCUUCCCGGAAAUUCCUGGGAUUGGCAAACUUCGUCAAAGAUUUCCGAUUGCGCCCGUCCACGGAGAAGGCAACCCGAUUUGGAAAAACGUAAACGCUCUUGCAGAUGUUGUGUUAAACGAAAAAACUUAUGAAUUCAUGAAAAAUCCAAAGCAGCUACCCCUAGAUUAUCCGUUAAGAUUUCAACUACCCAUGUCACUAUACAACGAUGACCGCCCACCACACAAUCAUUUCUUCACCUUGAUGUCCUCGGAAAUGCAAGAGAUUAUGAGAGGUUCAUCCGUGGUCACAACAACUAAUUCACGCCAAGGUCAUUCUCACACAAUCAAAGUAAGGUAUAACGAUGAAACGAAAGAAUUUUAUUAUAGUAAGUGUGACGGCCUUAGAAUUUGUUUUGAUGGUCAUCCCAAUCAUUUAACACAAGUGGAUCCUUAGAGUAACGACAAGUUCACCAGAUUUUUAACUAGAAUUCAGUCGAUAUAUUAUGGGAUUACGACAAGAGAUAAUUGAAGGCGAUGAAAACAGAAAAGAUAAGGGCCAUCUUUAUCGUUGCGUUUAUCAGACUCCCGUUACAUAAACAUAACAUUCUUACAGUUUUAAAACGGAUGUUUUUUUUUUUAAAUUCCAACAACUCGAGUUGUCAAUACAAGAAUCUUAGUUUAAGCAAUUUGUAGCGCACCGGAUUAAUGGUGACCGCUGGGGAAAUAUUUUUGAAGAUAUACUACGAUUUUUGAAAUUUAAUUUUGGUCAUCGGCAAAAAUAAAUUCCGUUAGGGUUUUUUCGAGUCGCGAAAUUUCCUGCACAAUACAUUUACUAGGUAAAAAAUCGGACGUUUCUAAUUGAAUGUUUUUACUUUGUGAACAAUUUUUGUUGAUAAAUAAAAAAUAUAAUCAUCUGAUCUAGUGAAUGAUAUUUCCUUGUCUACGAGAGAAGUCUCACAGGACAUACCAAAAAACUUAUCUCGAUUAAACAGACAAAAUUAAGUGUUUUUCCACAAAAUAAUGUUUCCUCGAAAAUAUCAGAAAUAAAAGAUACAAUAUUAAGAAUUGGUAAUAAAUAUAAUAUAGCAGUGUCAAGUACCAACCAAGGUCCCAUGAUUAAGGUAAGCAUUAGGUUCAUUUAUCGUAUGAAAAAUCGAAAAGAUACUGGGACCGAGAUUGGGUAAAUGAUUAUAUAUAUAUAUUAAGAAAAACAUUCACUAAUGACCUCUAAAAACUCGUCAAUGGGAAUAAUUGAAUAAAAAC